AUGAAAACUGAAUUGCCAAAUGAACACGGUCUUUCUGACGGCUCCUUACGGCACUUGUUGUUUUAUCAAGAUGGGAAACCCUCUCUCAGCGAUAUCCAGCAUCAAGGUCUCGUAGCCGGGGUGGCUCGCGACACAAGCAUGUUGGUUGUGUCACCGACUUCCACCGGGAAAACGCAGCUCGCGGUCUGGGCGAUUGCCAAGGGUAUUGAGAAUGACUGUAGAACAGUUUACUUGGUAACCCAUCGGGCUUUAGCAAAGCAGAAGUUUGACGAUUUCAAAUCGCUGUUCUUAUCAAAUUUUCUGUCUGGCAACCCCGCUUCAUUAGUGCUCGCAACCGGCGAUAGCGUUGAGGAUUCUGAGGGAGAGUUCCCCCCGGAACCUCUGAAAGCAUCGCUCUUAGUGGCGACCUAUGAGAAAUAUCUUGCCAUGUUGUCUGCUAGCGGCGUUCCCCGGGACAUGAGCAAUACAGUAGUUGUGUGCGACGAGAUUCAGCUCAUUGGAGACAAGAAUCGUGGCCAGAACGUCGAGAUAUUGCUAACUCUUCUUCGCAAUGCGGGUUGGCGUCAAUUUGUUGGGUUAUCUGCAGUUUUGCCUUCCCGCGAUGCACACGAUUUGGCUGACUGGCUGGGCGUGCAACUAAUUAUGAAGGCAACCCGCGAAAAGCAUCUUAGCUAUGAAUGUUGGUCAGAUGGAAAAGUGGCGCAAGUUAAGACAGGUAGCCCCGAAGUAAUUAAUGAAUCAACUUUGCCGUCUACCUCGUCUAGUGGAGUCGUGUCAGCGUUGAAGUUGUUGCUUUCCGGAAAAAAACCACCCGUACCUAUCAUUGUGUUUUGUAUGAAAAAACAGGACACCUAUGAUCUAGCCGAGAACUUCGUUAAGGCCGUACACGGUACAAGCCAUGGACAAUUGUCGCUAGCGUUUGAUGGUUUGCCAGAGACAAGUGCCAACACUUUCCUCUCGGGAAUUCUUGGAUAUAGGGUAGCAAGUCAUAGUGCGGAUUUGACUGACGAAGAGCGUCAGAUAGUUGAACGCCACCUCGCGGAGGGGAAGCUAGACGUAAUCUUCGCAACGAGUACGCUUGCAGCAGGCGUUAACUUCCCUCUUGGCGCCGCGGUAUUUGCUAGCUGGGCGCGGUGGGACAAGGACCGGGGCGAACACAUCCCUAUUCCGACCAGCGAGUUUCAUAACAUGGCUGGCCGGGUUGGAAGAAUGGGCUUCCAACAUGAUGAGGGUCGUGUGAUCUUCUUCGCUAAUAGCCAGGAACUGCGGCACGCUCGAACUUAUCUUGAGCUCGGCGCGUUGCCCCAGAUCGAACCGCGAAUACAGCCUGAUCGUUUUAACCAGCUGGCUCUUCAACUUGUUGCUUCGGGACUCUGUAGAGAUCGCGACGAGGUGGUGCGGGUGAUUUGCGAAUCCUUUAGUGCUCUGCGAGAGCAGGAUCGCAACAGCAUCGCAUUUCAGGCAUGGCCGAGGAAAGUGGGCGAGGCCGUGGACGGCGCGAUAGCAAGU